UUUUUCUCCAAAACUAUCGACCCUUCAUUCUUCAAGUGCAAUCGUGUCUUGAGUCUGUGGAGUGGUUACGGUAACGAGAAACUGCUGUUCCUCAGCUGAUACGCGGCAUCCUCCCCCUAUGCAGCCUCCUCAAUCAGAUUGCGAGGGCUAAGCCCACCGCUUCAGUUUGCCGUCUGGAAGGUGAGCGUCAAUGACCUAGAGUGCACGAUGUUAGACAACGAAGAGCUGGUCCUGGAGCCUCAACCGCGGGAGCUCACCCAGAACCCGCUCCGGAAGAUCUGGCUGCCCCACAAAAGCGCCCACAUAGCUCACAGACGGGUGUGUACGACAAACUGCCCAACGCUCAUUGUGACGGUAGGACUUCCUGCCAGAGGGAAAACAUACAUUUCCAAGAAGCUAACUCGCUACUUGAACUGGAUAGGGGUGCCAACCAAAGAGUUCAAUGUUGGCGACUACCGGAGGGAGUGCCUGAAGAUCUACAAGUCCUUUGAGUUUUUCCGUCCUGAUAACGAAGAAGGCGUAAAAAUCAGACGCCAGUGCGCCACGUCGGCCCUCAAUGAUGUCCGGCAGUACCUGUGUGUGGAAGGAGGACAUGUGGCUGUGUUCGACGCCACCAACACGACGAGGGAAAGGAGGGGAACCAUCAUGAAGUUUGCAGAGCAGAAUGGAUUCAGAGUGUUUUUUGUGGAGUCUGUGUGUGAGGACCCAGACGUCGUUGCACAAAACAUUGUGCAAGUCAAACUGGAGAACCCAGACUACAUUCACUGCAACUCCGAUGAAGCCAUUGAAGACUUCAUGAACAGAAUAAAGUGUUACGAGUCCUCCUAUCAGCCUCUGGACGAGGUUCUAGACAGGGACGUGUCCUACAUAAAGAUCAUGGACGUGGGCCGUCGUUACCUGGUGAAUCGGGUGGUGGACCACAUCCAAAGUCGAAUAGUCUACUACCUGAUGAACAUCCACAUCACCCCGCGCUCCAUCUACCUGUGUCGCCAUGGUGAGAGCGACCUCAAUAUCAAGGGACGCAUCGGGGGCGACUCUGGCCUGUCUGCCAGAGGAAAGGAGUAUGCCCAAAGACUGAGGAAUUUCAUCGAGGAACAGAAGAUUAAAGACCUGAAAGUCUGGACCAGCCAGAUGAAGAGAACCAUCCAGACAGCAGAGUGCCUUGGGGUGCCCUACGAGCAGUGGAAAGCUCUCAACGAGAUCGAUGCCGGCGUGUGUGAAGAAAUGAUGUACGAGGAGAUCCAGGAGCAUUUCCCCCUGGAGUUUGCCAUGAGAGACCAAGACAAAUACCGCUACCGCUACCCUAAAGGAGAGUCGUAUGAAGACCUGGUGCAGCGGCUGGAGCCGGUGAUCAUGGAGCUUGAGAGACAAGAGAACGUCCUGGUCAUCUGUCACCAGGCCGUCAUGCGAUGUCUUCUUGCGUACUUCCUGGACAAGACUGCACAUGAGCUGCCUUAUCUGAAGUGCCCUUUGCACACCGUGUUGAAAUUGACCCCCGUGGCCUAUGGCUGUAAAGUGGAGUCUGUGUAUCUGCGUGUGGAUGCUGUGAACACGCACAGAGACAGGCCAGAGAAUGUGAAUGUGCAGCGCAGCACAGAAGAUGCUCUGCAGACGGUCCCGGCUCAUCACUAAAUGUGCACUUCCUGUUCCUGCUGAGACCUCAUGUGACUCACAGUUCAGACCCCUGAACACCAUGUGAACGGUGCUGUUCUGCCACCCUCAAUGGCAGCUUUUUAACAGAUACAUCCUCCUGGAACAUUGUCGUAAACCUUUUUGAAUUUUAAUGUAGCUUGACAUUAAGUGGGUAAAACUAAAGACAAAUGCCAGUAUUAAUGAGUAGAUCCACUGUUUCCGGUGCGAUGAUAAUCGUAAUGUUCAGCAACCACUUCCAUGAUAAUACUUAGUGUACGUCAUGCCGAUUACUGUAUAUACUGCCAUAUGCUUCCAUUGUUUUACGGAAGUUGUUUUUAAUGUGAAUCCAGGAAGAGAAAAAAAAUCAGAUGCUUUCUUUACAAAUGAAUGUUCAUGUUUUGUUUGAACCAUGUUUUCUUUUUCAUGUUUUUUUUUAUAUAUAUAGAUAUCUAUAUAUAUGAUAAAAGUUAGUGCAUCAACAAUUAACAAAGAUUCAUGUAAAUCCUAAACAUUCCAGUGAAGAAACUGACAAAUACACUAUGGAGGAGUGAAAUUACUUUGUAAACAGAUGUGAAACUUGUGAUUAAAACAUUGUUUUCAGUACUGUAAUCCACAAUGUGACAAAUGCAGGCCAGCUGAGUAAAGCUUUUAAGGAUGCCGCUGUGCAUAACCAUUGCAAGAAAAGCUUUGACAAAUCUACCUUUGUUUUUUGUUGUUGAUCAUUUCAUUUGCCACAAAAACUAUUUGUUUUUUUCGGGGUAGUGUGAAAAGAGGAACUGUGCAAACUUUAAUGACACAUUUCAUGUGUGUAAAACAACCUGUGCUACCCUGUUUUGGGAAGAUAGAAGUCUACAUUGUAUGUACCUCAAAUUCAUCAUGUCUCAUCUGUUUCCAGUUGUGGAAGUCUAAUAAAGGUUCAUUAUGUGUGGGAAACAAAAAUGUGUCCUCUGCAUUUUAAAGCAUAACAGAU